CUUUCCUCACCUCCCUCCAUGCUGUCCACUUCCUCCGUAAAGCUCUCAACCCUGUCCCCUUCCCCCUCUCUCCUGGGAAAGAGCCCUCCCAUGCCUAGCUGCUGCUCUUAGGGACCCUGUGGCUAGGAGCACGCGGAUGGAAAUCCAGGUAUGCCCAACCCCUCCCGGUGGAGUAGGGGUUGGGGUGGAUAUGGACUGAGGGAAAGAGGCGAAGGAGUGUAUCAUUGGAGGGUCAGACAAGCCUGGGAGUUGAGGUCCCUUCCACCCCUUACCUGAGCCCUCAGGUCCUCGAUGAUCUUGAAGUAAUGGCUCCAGUCUCUGACCUGGGGUCCCUUCUUCUCCAAGUGCUCCCGGAUUUUGCUCUCCAGCCUCCGGUUCUCGGUCUCCAGGCUCCUCACUCUGUCCAGGAUCUCCGCCUGGUUUGGCCCGCCUGCCUCCACUCCUGCCUCCACCAUGUCCAUCAGGGUGACCCAGAAGUCCUACAAGGUGUCCACCUCUGGCCCCCGGGCCUUCAGCAGCCGCUCCUACACGAGUGGGCCCGGUGCCCGCAUCAGCUCCUCGAGCUUCUCCCGAGUGGGCAGCAGCAGCUUUCGGGGUGGCCUGGGCGGCGGCUAUGGUGGGGCCAGCGGCAUGGGAGGCAUCACCGCAGUCACGGUCAACCAGAGCCUGCUGAGCCCCCUUGUCCUGGAGGUGGACCCCAACAUCCAGGCCGUGCGCACCCAGGAGAAGGAGCAGAUCAAGACCCUCAACAACAAGUUUGCCUCCUUCAUAGACAAGGUACGGUUCCUGGAGCAGCAGAACAAGAUGCUGGAGACCAAGUGGAGCCUCCUGCAGCAGCAGAAGACGGCUCGGAGCAACAUGGACAACAUGUUUGAGAGCUACAUCAACAACCUUAGGCGGCAGCUGGAGACUCUGGGCCAGGAGAAGCUGAAGCUGGAGGCGGAGCUUGGCAACAUGCAGGGGCUGGUGGAGGACUUCAAGAACAAGUAUGAGGAUGAGAUCAAUAAGCGUACAGAGAUGGAGAAUGAAUUUGUCCUCAUCAAGAAGGAUGUGGAUGAAGCUUACAUGAACAAGGUAGAGCUGGAGUCUCGCCUGGAAGGGCUGACUGACGAGAUCAACUUCCUCAGGCAGCUGUAUGAAGAGGAGAUCCGGGAGCUGCAGUCCCAGAUCUCGGACACAUCUGUGGUGCUGUCCAUGGACAACAGCCGCUCCCUGGACAUGGACAGCAUCAUUGCUGAGGUCAAGGCACAGUACGAGGAUAUUGCCAACCGCAGCCGGGCUGAGGCUGAGAGCAUGUACCAGAUCAAGUAUGAGGAGCUGCAGAGCCUGGCUGGGAAGCACGGGGAUGACCUGCGGCGCACAAAGACUGAGAUCUCCGAGAUGAACCGGAACAUCAGCCGGCUCCAGGCUGAGAUUGAGGGCCUCAAAGGCCAGAGGGCUUCCCUGGAGGCCGCCAUUGCAGAUGCCGAGCAGCGUGGAGAGCUGGCCAUUAAGGAUGCCAAUGCCAAGUUGUCCGAGCUGGAGGCCGCCCUGCAGCGGGCCAAGCAGGACAUGGCGCGGCAGCUGCGUGAGUACCAGGAGCUGAUGAACGUCAAGCUGGCCCUGGACAUCGAGAUCGCCACCUACAGGAAGCUGCUGGAGGGCGAGGAGAGCCGGCUGGAGUCUGGGAUGCAGAACAUGAGUAUUCAUACGAAGACCACCAGCGGCUAUGCAGGUGGUCUGAGCUCGGCCUAUGGGGGCCUCACAAGCCCCGGCCUCAGCUACGGCCUGGGCUCCAGCUUUGGCUCUGGUGCGGGCUCCAGCUCCUUCAGCCGCACCAGCUCCUCCAGGGCCGUGGUUGUGAAGAAGAUCGAGACACGUGAUGGGAAGCUGGUGUCCGAGUCCUCUGAUGUCCUGCCCAAGUGAACAGCUGCGGCAGCCCCUCCCAGCCUACCCCUCCUGCGCUGCCCCAGAGCCUGGGAGGGAGGCUGCUAUGCAGGGUAGCACUGGGAGCAGGAGACCCACCUGAGGCUCAGUGCUAGCCCUCAGCCCACCUGGGGAGUUUACUACCUGGGGACCUCCCUUGCCCAUGCCUCCAGCUACAAAACAAUUCAAUUGCUUAUUUUUUUGGUCCAAAAUAAAACCUCAGCUAGCUCUGCCAACUGUC